AUUGCGAGGCCCCCCCCCCGGGUGCGGUAGCGCCCGCCCGCCCCGCGCUCACAGUGAAACCGCCGCCGGCGUCGAGCGAGUCUGCCCGCCCGCCCCGCUCCGCUCUCACAGUGAAGCCGGCUCCGAGUGAGCGAGUCCGCCCGCGAUGGAGACGGCGCCGCACCCCGUCAAACUCUACGUCUACGACCUCUCCCGCGGCCUCGCUCGACAGUUCAGCCCCUUCAUGCUCGGAAAACAACUUGAUGGAAUAUGGCAUACUGCAAUAGUUGUGAACGGAGAAGAGUUCUUCUAUGGUUCUGGUGGAAUCGCGAACUGUCAGCCGGGUGGGACCUUGCUUGGACCACCAGACACUGUUGUUGAUCUUGGUACCACAGAAGUAACUGAGGAAUUAAUCAUGGACUAUUUAACAUCUUUGGGAGAGUCGUCCUUCAGGGGAGAAUGCUACAAGCUUUUUGAACAUAACUGCAAUACCUUCAGUAAUGAAGUGGCCCAGUUUCUCACUGGAAAGAAGAUUCCAUCCUACAUCACAGACCUGCCUUCUGAGGUUUUAUCAACUCCUUUUGGUCAACUCAUUAAGCCAAUCCUCGACUCUGUCCAGAUUCAACCAGUGGCAGGAACCAGCAUCAAUGAGAAUAAUCGGAGCUAAUAGAAGCAACUCCGAGAGCUGCUGUCCGUGAAGACACGUGGUCACCAGCCUCGCAGAACUAAACAGUGAUCGCAAGAAAAAUGAAGAUUUCUCUUCAAGUAUCUUUCAUCAUACCUAACAUGUUGAAAAGUGGUAGAAAGUUUCUUUUCUAAAAUCUGUUUGAAAAAGUGCAUAUGCAUUGUACACAUACUUUACUGAACUUUAUAGUGCAAUAUUUCAAUUUUCAUGGCCCUUUGUUAGCUGUCUUUGAGUGAAUGAUGUUACUAGGCACUCAUGUGACUUUGCAUUCUUUCUUGCAAUACAAUAUUUUUACCCCUAU